AUGUCGUUCACUACCACUGAAUGCGAGCCCUCCCACUUUCACCUCAAUGCAGAGGCCGCUGAAUUCAAGAGUCAGCUAGAGGAUGCACUCCAUGGACCCGAUGCCGCUCCAUCCAUACCUUCCCUCGACACUAUAUUCCACGAUAAUAUGCAGAAAACAAGCGAGAAGGCAGUGGAGAACGUCAAAGGGCUGACGGCAUCCAUCUGCGACAUCCGAACCUCGUUCGCAGCCAUCAGCAAGGACUUGCAUAGCUUCGACCUCCAAGCCAAGGUCACUGGCGCUACGCAAGGACCACCUCCACUCAAGCCUGACUGGGAGCGUUUUCACGCGUGCUCACGCCAGAAAUUCGAAGACCUCUUGAACCAGAGCCACAAGAAUGCGAGACAAGCCAUAGCAGUCCUGAACAAUUACAACGACUUGUUCCCAGAAGGCGAAGAUAUCGAUGCGUCAAAAUAUGACGAUAUAAAGGCAGAGAUUCAAAACGUCAUCAUGGGCAUCGAUGGCGACGGUGAAAAGGCCUUCGAGAUUGAGCAGGGAUUCACUACGCUCGCGCGCAACAUCCGGGAGUUCGGGAUCACAAUCGAGAAGACCGUCAACGUGAACAGCAGUCGUGUCCUCAACAAAUUGAACGAGACCCGCACACGCGUCGACGGACUGAGUCUCAAACUUUCAGGGGUCAAGUCGGAGAUGAGGAAUGCGGGCCUUGCAUGCGUUGCUUGCCUCUCCGCGGGCGCCAUCUCCGCUGCGUUCCUCUUCUUCACGCUCUCGCCUACAUCCGCCCACGCCUUCGCGGUAGGUUUCAUUGGUAUCGCGGGCCCAGCACUUCCUGAUCCAUUUUUCCCCAAGGCCUCAGUUCUCGCGGCGGUUCCUUCCGCUAUCACAUUCAAAGAUAAGAUUCAAGAAGCGCGAGAUCUCAAAGCACAAAUCAAGGAAGGCAAAGAGGAGAUGGCUCAGCUUUGCCAACAGAGUGCCCUGCUCGUAAAGUAUCAGUCUCUCAUGAGCAGCACGAAACACGACAUCGAGGACCUCUGUGCGAAGAUCGAUGCCAUCUCGGGCAUUUGGUACGCUCUCAAGGCCGACUUCCAACAGCUCCACGCGCAACUCACGAAGGCGGCCGGUCCGAAUAUCAAAUAUACUUCGUUCAUGAAGAAGAAGAUUGCAAACUCCCGAGUCGUGUACAGCAGGCUUGUGCAGCUCCUCAACGCCUACAUCGAUGGUGUGCAGGUCUUCGAGAAGGCUGACGGCAAGGGUGUCGGCAACUAG